CCGUGCCUGAGCUCGGGAGUUGACGAAGGCGGAAGUUGUCACACGUGCUGCGCCAUGGAUCCUGCUGCGGGGAGCUGUAUUGAGAGCACAGGCAAGCUGGGCUGUUGCACUAUGAGUGCAGUGACCUAUGAUGACGUGCAUAUUGACUUCAGUUUUGAAGAGUGGGCUUUGCUGGAUCUUUCCCAGAAGAGUCUGUACAAAUCUGUGAUGCUGGAGACCUACAGGAACCUCACUGCUAUAGGCUACCGUUGGGAAACCCGUCCUAUUGAAGAAGGGUGUCAAAGUUCUAGAAGACAUGGAAGGCAUGAAAGAAUUUGUACUGGAGAGAAACCAUCUGAAUUCACUCAGUGUUGUAUAGCCUUUGCAUGUCAUAGUCAUCUUCAAAGGAUUGAGAGUAAUCAUACUGGAAAGAAACCCUAUAAAAGUAUUGGAUAUGGUGCAGCCUCUGCACAUCGUACUGGAGAGAAAUCCUUUGAACAUAGUCAGUGUGGCAAAGCCUUUGCACAACACAGUCAUCUCCAAAAUCAUAAAAAAAUACACAGUGGAGAGAAACUUUACAAUUGUAAUCAAUGUGGUAAAGCCUUUGGAUGUCACCGUUAUCUUCAAAAGCAUAAAAGAAGACAUACUGGAGAGAAACCUUAUGAAUGUCAUCAAUGUGGUAAAGCCUUUUCCCAGCCCCAUAAUCUCCAAAUACAUAAAAGAACACAUACUGGAGAGAAACCUUAUGAAUGUCAUCAAUGUGGUAAAGCCUUUUCCCAGCUCAGUAAUCUCCAAAUACAUAAAAGAACACAUACUGGAGAGAAACCUUAUGAAUGUUAUCAAUGUGGUAAAGCCUUUUCCCGCCCCAGUAGUUUUCAAAAACAUAAAAGAACACAUACUGGGGAGAAACCUUAUGAAUGUCAUCAAUGUGGUAAAGCCUUUUCCCACUCCAGUAGUUUUCAAAUACAUAAAAGAAUACAUACUGGAGAGAAACCUUAUGAAUGUCAUCAAUGUGAUAAAGCCUUUUCCCGGUACAAGCAUUUCCAAAUACAUAAAAGAACACAUACUGGAGAGAAACCUUAUGAAUGUAUUCAAUGUGGUAAAGACUUUGCAAGUAACAGUCAUCUUCAAGUACAUAAAAGAACACAUACUGGAGAGAAACCCUACAAAUGUAAUCAAUGUGGUAAAGACUUUAUAAGUAACAAUCAUCUUCAAGUACAUAAAAGAACACAUACUGGAGAGAAACCUUAUGAAUGUAAUCAAUGUGGUAGAGCCUUUGGACGUCACAAUCAUCUUCAAGUACAUAAAAGAAUACAUUCUGGAGAGAAACCUUAUGAAUGUAUUCAAUGUGGUAAAGCUUUUACACGUAACUAUUAUCUGCAAGUACAUAAAAUAACACAUAGUGGAGAGAAACCUUAUGAAUGUAAUCAAUGUGGUAGAGCCUUUGGACGUCUCAGUUAUCUUCAAAGGCAUAAAAUAACACAUAGUGGAGAGAAACCUUAUGAAUGUAAUGAAUGUGGUAAAGCUUUUGCAUUUCACAGUUAUCUCCAAGCACAUAAAAGAACACAUAUUGGAGAGAAACCGUACACCUGUAAUGAAUGUGGUAAAGCCUUUGUACGUCAAAGUUAUCUCCAAGUACAUAAAAGAACACAUAGUGGAGAGAAACCUUACAGCUGUAAUGAAUGUGGUAAAGCCUUUACAAGUCAAAGUUAUCUCCAAGUACAUAAAAGACUACAUAGUGGAGAGAAACCUUAUAACUGUAAUGAAUGUGGUAAAGCCUUUACAAGUCACAGUUAUCUCCAAGUACAUAAAAGAGCACAUAGUGGAGAGAAACCUUAGGAAUGCAAUGAAUAUGGUAAACCCUUUGCAUGUCAAAGUAGUCUCAGGAUAUGUAAAAGAAGACGUACUGGAGAGAAACCUUAUAAAUGUAAGCUAUUUGAUAAAGCCUUUGCACAUCGCAGAAGUCUCCAGAGACAUAAAAGAACACACACUGGGGAGAAACUAUACAAAUAUAAUAAAGGUGAUAAAGCCUUUGCUUCUAUCAACACUCUUCAAAAUCCUGAGACAAAAUUGUAUCACAGAAAAAACCCUAUAAAUGUGUGACAAAAUUUUGGCACUUCAUGGUGGUCUAUACAUGAGUAGAACUUUUAGUGUGUAAUUGGUCUGUUAAAGCCGUUGUAUAUCACAGUAAUCUUUGAGAACCUGGAAGAACUCAUACCUGUGGGAAUCUGACUUUAAAGGAUUUGGCGAUACCAUUAGCCAGCACACUUACAUUCAAUUACAAAAGGUUAUUUGUUGUGGAGAAAAAAAGAUCUGACAAAUGUCAACAAUUUGUUCAAGCAUUAUGACACAUCUCUUUAUUUUGUUUUUAUCUGCAAACUCAUGUGACAAAAGCUGUGUGGUUUUAAGUAAGUUAACCCUUUUAGAUUUCAUGCUUCAGCUACAUGAAAUAACUCAUCUGUGUGUAAAACUUUAUGGAUGUGUAAUAGUGCCUUUUCUGUUGCUGUGAUUAACAUAAUAUCCAAGCCACCUUAUGAAAGAAUUUAAUUUUCCCAUGGGUCCAGAGUGAUACAAGAUCACCAUGCAAGUGGCAGGGCUCCAAGUGUCAGACUUAGCAGCCAAAGCAGCCUUCAGCAUGAAACAGAGAGUGGGAAGUAGAAAUGGUGUGGGGAUGGAAACUCUCAGGCCCAUUCUUCCAGCACAGUUAUAUUUUUUAAAUCUUCCUACAUGAUACAGCCAACUGUGAAGAAUUAAUUUCUCUGACUUCAAGCUGAUAUGCUUACCUUCUGUUACAUGAACCAGUUCAAGAUGAGGAAAAACUCUAAGUAAAUGUUUAAAUGCCUAAACACUUGUGUUAUAUGCAUGAAUGUUUACACAAGAAAAAACAUGAGUGAAAAUUUGUUUAAGGAUUUAGUUUAAUUUUAAUUAUGUGAUGUCAUUGUAUCAUUGUGUGGAUAUAUGCAUUUUAAUGCUGGUUUCCAAAAAGCUUAGACUCUAGGAUCUUCUUGUAGCAGGAAUUACACAGGUAGUUGAUAUGUGAUGUCCUUCUUUAUAUGUGUUGCUUUUUUGGUUCAUGAAUAAAACUGCUUUGGCCUAUGACAGGGCAAAAUACAGCCAGGCUGGACAAGAUAUAUAUAGAGAGAGUGGGUGAAGUCAGGGAGACACAUGCUGAAACUUUAUGGUAGACCACAGCCUCAUGGUGAUACACAGAUUAAUAGAAAUCAGUUAAUUUAAGAUGUAAGAGUUAGUUUAUAAUGAGCCUGAACUGAUAGGCCAAGCAAUGAAUAUUGUAAUGUAGUUUCCAUGUGAUUAUUUGGGUCUGGGUAGCUGAGAAAUAAACAAGCAGCCUCUGUCUACAGAUAGUUGUCAAAAAUCGGCCUUGGUCCUGGGAGUGAACUUCUCAUAACUGCUCUGCCAAUCUCUAGCCUUGUAAAUAUCAUCUUGAUAUCAGGAAAUGUGUAAGAACUCAUAGAAGAGAAAAACCCUAUUUGUGGAAAUGAUUUUGUAAAGACAUCACAGUUGUCUUCACUUUCAAGAAAAAAAUCCUGUUUCAUCUCUUUUUCAUUGUAGCCUUCAAGUAAGUAAAUAAUUGACCAUGUUUACUCAAGACUGAUGGUUUCUAUUUUGAAAUAUUUGGGGUAGAUAUUAAAAGUGUGGUUUUUUUG